AUGCUACUAUCCACUUACGUCGGUAUUGCCAUCUCCAUUGGCAGCUCCAAUGCCUUGAUACAAGGAUUUAACGCCCAAGUACGCAACACUGAUGGAUCUUGCAAGACACAAUCAGAUUGGGAAGCAGACUUCAAUACGACACUUUCGCUUCCAGGAAAUUUCGAUAGCUUACGCUUGUUCUCCUUACUAGAAUGCGACGCUAUAAGCGUGAUUGCCCCAGCCGCCAUUGCUACUGGCGGUAAAGUGUUGGCUGGUGUAACGGUACAAUAUCCUCAAUCUUUCGCAGCAGAAAAGCAACAGCUAUUGGAAGCUGUCACAAAUCACGGCUCUGAAUGGCUUGCUGCCGUAUCAGUUGGGUACGACGAUUUAAGCAGAAACGAGCUCAUGUCUCAUGCUUUGGCCGAAAAGAUAUACGACGUUCGUGGUAUGCUAUCUACUGUGGUGGAAGACAAAAAAAACGUGCUGGUCGGACAUAUUGAUACUUGGACUGCCUGGAUUGAUGGGAAGAACUCGCCUGUCAUCAAAGCCUGUGACUUCAUCGGGACGAAGUUAAACCUUUCCCUCCAGAACAAUGACAUAAUCUCGAUACAAGACAGUAUUAAGGCAUAUAACGACAGCCUAGAUCAAGUCAGGGAAUCAGUUGCAGCUACUGGCUCUAACUCAUCGAUCUGGAUUACUGAGGGUGGAUGGCCUGCCAUUAGUUACCCAAUUUACGAAGUUGUACCUACAAUUGAAAUUUCUCAGGCUAUUUGGAAAAACAUUGCCUGCCCACUCUUUGAAAUCAACAAUGUAUUUUGGAGAUCUUUGCAACACCAACAAGAAUCACCCGCUUAUGGUGUUCUUAAUGCUCAAGGCAAACCAUUAUACGAUCUAACCUGCUAA